AGCUCACGAAUCACGAUAAAGCUACGUUUUAAGUCUGUACUAUUCAAUCGUCAGCUGAAAAUUACCGUGUUUAUGCGUAAUAAUUGUGUUUAUUUUUAUCACUUGUAAAUUUUAAGGAAGACAACAUGGCAACAGGAGUAAAACCUCGUGAUGAAGAACCCAAUUUUACUAAAGCAGAUCUCGAAGCAAUUCAAGACGCUAUGAAAAGCAAGAAAUUUCGAGAACUACUUAACGAAUACUGCGAUGAAGUACGUGACCCGGCAAAUCAAGCAAUCUAUCAAAAAGAAAUGACCCAACUAGAAAAGGAACGUGGCUACGAUGUAACUUUCAUCAAUCCUAAAGGCAGUUAUGUUAUUAAAACGAGCGUCGCUGGCGACAGAAAGGCUUUUAUAAAUAUUUGCAGCAAUGAGAAUAUUGAGAAACCAUCUUGCCGUGUUCAGGAGAUUAAUGGUCAAAAAGGUAUGAAUUGGCAACUACCAUAUACCCUUAUUCCUCCUCGGGAAGAUUUCGAUCACAACAAACAACGCUGCGUAAUUUACGAUGUUGUUUUUCACCCGGACACACUGCGCAUGGCAGAGGUUAACAAAAAAUUCAGAGAAUUGGUAAACAAAAGUGCCUUUGAUGGAUUACAGAAAACAUACAACAUUCACUUAGAUAGCAACAAUUGCCGCUUUCCUAAGUCUUACUACAAAGGAAUGUCGACCGCGGCUGUGAUUAGGAAAGAAGACCCUAACUUUAAACCAGUUACUGAUGAAGAAAAUGAGGAAUUAUCCCAAGAUGUAAUUGACAAGUUAUAUCCUCAGCAUUUAUAUCCAGACAAAAAACAAUCUCCAGAAGUUAAAACAAAUAAAAGUAUAAAAGAACAUAGAAAAAAAGCAAAAAACUGUCAUAAAGAUUACACUCAUGCCUCCGAAAAUGGUUAUACAAUGCCAAAAUAUGUUAUUAAACAGCAAAAAAAUGUUGACAUGCAGGAAUUUACUAACAGUAGAGAUUGUAAACACUACUCUGCUAUACCAAGUCAUAUAGUUGUUGAAAUAAACAUGCCGCUUAUCUCGUCAACACAAGAUUGUUCUUUAGAUGUUCGGGAGAAGACAUUAAGUUUAAUCACUGAAAAACCAGCAAAAUAUAAAUUAGACCUUGAAUUGCCAUAUCCUGUUAAUAGCGAUUGUGGCAAUGCUAGAUUUGACAAAACUAAACAUACUCUAACUAUAACUUUACCUGUAAUCAGAAAGAGUUUAUCCAGUACUUCAUUGUCCCUGAAAGGAGACAGUGGGGUUGAAAGUGAAGAUACUUCUAACAGUGAUGAAGAAUGUAAGACAAAUCUUAUAGAAGAAAUAUCAUCUACUCCAUCAGAACCCACUGGAUAUAAGUCACUCAGCCCUAUUGAUGAAACUGGAUUCUUGGAUUCCUCAAUUGGUUACACACUCCCUCCAUAUACAUACAAUGCAUUAGAUGAUAUUCUAGCUUUCACAUUUCAUGUUAAAAAUACCGAACCUGAUUCUGUGAAAGUAAAGCAUGACAAAAACAGUAUAUAUAUCAAGUUCUCCUCUCUUGGUUCUGGGUUUGUUCCUUUACACUAUGCAGCCCUAAUUGUAUUCAGCGAUGAAAUAAAUUUGGAAAAUGUAUCCGGUGAAGCUUGGGACAAUAAUGUUAUUUUACAAUUAGAAGUGCUUGGAAACCUACCUGAAAAAUUCCAAAUCGGUUUGACAGAAAGUGACAUGAAAACUGAAUGCUUUGAUGUCGUUCCAACUAAGCAAAUUGUUAAUACAGAAGAAUUUGAUGAAAAGACAUCAGAAGAGGAUACCCUAACUCCAUUAAUAGAAGUCACGAACUUUGGAAAAGAAACAAAUAUUGUUGUGUCAUCAAAAAGCAAUGAAGAUGUCCUUGAUGAGGAUGAUGAUGACGAAGAAAAUGAAAGAGAAAUUGUUUGGACGGAAUCAUUCACUACAACUGGAGCCAAGAGCAUCUUACGCAAGUCUAUGCCCAUGAUGCGUAGUUUCUCUGAAUCAAGCGCUGGAGAUAUAGCAUCAUCCAUGGACUAUAUCAGCUCUGAUUAUAUCCAUGAGGAAUCUAGUUUAAAAAAGACUGUUAGGUUUAAUGAUGUCAUUGCUAAGCAAUUUUACAGAUAUAAUUCUUCAAUUGAGGGCCAAAAAAAGAAAAAUCAGCGUAAGAAGAGCAAAAAACGUAACCUUGAAAGGCGUAAGAGUGAAAGUGAAGCUGAAGAUGACACUUCAAAUUCAUUAAAGUUUUCCAAACCAAGGAAGGCUUCUAUCAAACAGCGUCAUGACAGUGGUGUGCCGGACACUUCAGAUGCUGAGGAAAGUAAAAAUGUAAUGUCCGACAGUGAUUUUUACAGCAACCAGUAUGAUGAAAAUGCCAAUGAAAACACUAUAAAAACAGAAAAAACAAAGAAUUUGGACAGUAAUGGUAACAAAAACAUUGAAAAUUGGCAGAGAGAUGCAAAACCUUUGACACAAAAGAAGCAGUCAUGUGAUAGUAUAAAACAUAACACAAAUCUCUAUGAUCCCGACAGAUUAAACAAAGGCCAAUAUCUGGAAGUCCAAUUCAAGAAUGAUCUCAUAUUUGAUCUUGAUAUGUGAGCUUUGCCAUUUUGUUAUGGUGUGAGGCACUAAGUUUUAUUGUAUUUUCUAGUUUCCCUAGUUUUAACCCAGUGUGCUCAUGAGUGAAUAUAUUUUAUUUUAUUCAUUAAACCUUUCCAUUAUGAAUUGUAUGCUUUUACAUCGUUUAUGUUUUAUGGGCUAAGUUUAUGGCAAUAGUUUUAUAUUUAUUAUUCUUCAUGAAGGGCCAUAAUUUUACAAAGAUUAUCAAAUCAUUUCUAGUACGUGAAAUUAACUUUUUUUUGUUAUUGCAAAGUUAUGUUCAAUUUAGACAAUAUUUUACUGUGUAGAACACAUGCAAUGGUACAAAUUAGAUGUAGUAUAACUAAUUGACAUACUUUUGUACGUAAAAAAAAAUAUCUACUAUCUUAAUACAGUCAACGAAUGGCACUUUUAUAUUUUUAUAACAAUUCCAAUUUGAACAUAAAAGCAAUAAAAAAUUGAAUAACAACACCAUUAAAGCCUAUUGGUGAUAUUUAAAAAUUGUACGCCUAAGAAUUAUGCAUAUAUCUUUGCUCAAUUCUUGUUAGUGCCUUUACUUAAAUCGGAAUAGGUAUAGAUAUAGCACAAUAACUUAGCUGUUGUCAUAAACCUUGCAUUUACAUUGUAUUAGUAUUGAAGUGUGUUAGAAUAUAAAUGUGUUAUGUUGAGAAAGUCUAUGUUUAAUUAUUGUAAUGUUUCGAAUAGUAAUUUAAUAGAAGUAUGAAAUUUA